UUUUAUCUCUCUCCCGUUGUCGUCUUCUUCUUCUUAUUCUUCUUAUAAGUUAUAAUUCCUCUUUCUCUUUCUAUAUAUAGACAGAGAGAUAGAACUAAUGAUCGAUCGAUCAGAUACAGAGAGAAGAAGCUGAAAUUAAUUAAUUAAUUAAUGGAGGUAUUGUCGCAGCUGUGGUCGCUUCUGGGACUCCUCACCGUUCUCCAGAACGUCUUGCCUUCGCAGCUUCUCUCUCUCCUCAGCUCCUUCUACGAAUCCCUCACCGACUUCUUCAGCCCUUACUCCUACUUCGAGAUCCCUGAGUUCAACGGCUACUGCGGCGUCGACGUCAACGACCUCUACCGCCACAUCAGCCUCUACCUCAACUCCCUCCACUCCUCCGCCGCCUGCCGCCGCCUCACCCUCUCCCGCUCCAAGUCCUCCAGCCGCAUUUCCUUCACCGUCGCCCCCAACCACACCGUCCACGACUCCUUCGCUGGCCAUCGCCUCUCCUGGACUCACCACGUCGACGCCGUCCAGGACUCGCUCGACGAGCGCCGCAGCUUCACUCUCAAGCUCCCCAAGCGCCACCGCCUCCCGCUGUUGUCGCCCUAUCUCGACCACCUCACUGCCCGAGCGGAGGAGUUCGAGCGAGUCUCUCGCGAAAGGAGGCUCUUCACCAACAACGGCCACGGAUCUUACGAGUCCGGAUGGGCCUCCAUUCCGUUCAGGCAUCCUUCGACCUUCGAAGCCCUGGCGAUGGAGCCGGAGCUCAAGAAACAGCUCAUGGAUGACCUAACUGCGUUUUCAGAAGGACGAGAUUUCUACCACAAGAUCGGACGAGCUUGGAAGCGCGGCUAUCUGCUCUACGGUCCUCCUGGAUCCGGAAAAUCCAGCCUCAUCGCCGCCAUGGCCAAUUUCCUCUGCUACGACGUCUACGAUCUCGAACUGACGAAGGUCACAGACAACUCCGAGCUCCGAGCUCUGCUGAUCCAAACGACGAAUCGCUCUAUCAUCGUGAUAGAAGACAUCGAUUGCUCUGUGGAUUUAACCGGCGACAGAUUGUCGAAAAGGAAAGUCACUCGCCGCGAGAAAGGACGUCGAGUCCCCGACGACGACUGCGGCGACGAUAACGGCCGGGUGACGUUAUCGGGGCUCCUGAACUUCACCGACGGGCUGUGGUCGUGCUGCGGGGAGGAGAGGAUCAUCGUUUUCACGACGAACCACAGGGACAAUGUGGACCCAGCGCUCGUCAGAUGCGGGCGCAUGGACGUGCACGUUAGCCUGGGCACGUGCGGGGCGCACGCCUUCAAGGCGCUGGUGAAGAACUACCUGGGCGUGGAAUCUCACGCGCUGUUCGACGUGGCGGAGAGCUGCAUAAGGUCGGGCGGGGCCCUCACGCCAGCUCAGAUCGGAGAGAUCCUGCUGCGUAAUCGCCGGGACGCUGACGUGGCCAUGAAGGCGGUGAUAUCGGCAAUGCAGGCCAAGAUGUUGGGAGCCGACGUGGACUUGGCGGAGGGGGGAAGGGAGUACGAUGAGUGGACGGCAAGGACGCCGGAGAGUAGCUUAGAGAGAAGGCUGACGGAGUCGCCGGAAAACUGGGAUGGGUCACCGGGGAGAUGUCGUGGGAAGAAGAGGAAGGAGGGUUCACAAUGGGAGAGAAAAGUGAAGUUUUGGGUAAGGCUGAGAUCUCUGUCCAAGUCCGACUCGGGAAGGAGAGGAGUGUGAAAUCAAACCAAAUCAAAUCAAAUCAAAUCAAAUCAAAUGAUUUUCAGUCAUAUUUAUUUAUAUUUGACGACUAUUUCAUUUCAGGUUAUCCUCAUCAUUUAUCGUACGUACGUACGUACUCUAAACAUUGUAAAUUAAAACUAUUAACUAACGAAGAUGAUAUUUAAAUUAACACGUUGAGUUGAGUGGCGUCUUUAAUUUUGCAUCCACAACUGCAAGUUUAGAUUAGAAGAUUGUCUUCAUUCUACAACUGCAAGUUUAGAUUAUAAAUUCACCUCCAAUUUACUACUACUUCCUCAUCAUGCUGCUCUCAGUCCCUCAUUCUCUUUUUUCUUUUCUUUUCUCUCUCUCUUCUCAUUUUCACUAUCGUUUGCCAUCGACGUAGUCGCUUUCACUGCAAUUAAAGUCAUUGUUCACCUCCGUCGCCAUUGUCGCAGUCUUCAUCUCUUCUCUCUUUUCCCCCUCUCUCUUCUUGUUCCCGGUGUUGUUCGCCUUCGACGCAGCUGUCGCGCCGUCGUUCCCUGCCAACACCUCCAUCUCCUUCUCUCUCUCUCUCUCUCUCCUCGUUCUCACCUUUGUUCUCCCUAGAUGUGAUUGUGACAUUUCUGCAAGUUAGCUAACUAUGAAGUAAGAAGUAAGAACCAGCUAACAACAGUGAUUAAUAUGAUUUACCGGCGGAGUUACUAUUCCAUUAUCUUUCAUUCGCUACUGCAAAAAAUUUACAGAAUCCGAACACUUUUACUCUCAUUGUUAACAUCCAGAUAAAGGUAGCUAGACAAGAUGGACCAAAAAUAUAUUCUGUCUGAUUUUAUGUAUAUUGGUAAUGAUUAUUUAUCUAUAUCUAUUUCUUAAUUUACUACAGUACAGCGCACAGCCCCAGUAAUAAGGUUGAGGGAAGGGAACACUCCUUCCAACAAUCUCCCCCAUCAAUGAGGUUGAGGGAAGGGAACUCUCCUUUCGACAAUCAUACAAAACCUUGCCAAUAGCCAUAAAAGAUCACAACUGCCACAAAAAAAACACAUACAAAAUUAUAAGAAUCAAGUUGGGAGGGCCAGAAUGAGGUUACUUAUAGUCUUACAAAAGGAAAGGGUUGACCGGCAGUCAAGGAACACUAGGGCAGACAGGCGAGUACAACGAAGCAAGGGAUUACUGAAGCGAGAGGCUCUGGAAGUAGACGGCGGCAAAGGCUCUGGAAGCAGAUAGCGACGAAGCAAUC